GCGGCCCGACUGCAUGCCCGCGCCCGCCAGGUGACAGCCCCGCCGGCCACGCUCCGUGACACGAGGAGUCUGCAUGUCCCCGGCGCAGACAUGCUCAGCUUUGUGCACGCGCGGACCCUGCUGCUUCUCGCAGUGACCUGGCGCCUCGCGACCUGCCAGUCUUUACAAGAGGAAACUAUAAGAAAGGGCCCAACUGGAGAUAGGGGACCACGCGGAGAAAGGGGUCCAUCAGGCCCCCCAGGCCGAGAUGGUGAAAAUGGUCUCAUGGGCCCUCCUGGUCCACCUGGUCCUCCUGGCCCCCCUGGCCUCGGCGGGAACUUUGCUGCUCAAUAUGAUGGGAAAGGGGUUGGAGCUGGCCCUGGACCAAUGGGUCUGAUGGGCCCUCGGGGCCCUCCUGGCGCAUCUGGAGCCCCUGGCCCUCAAGGAUUCCAAGGACCUGCUGGUGAGCCUGGUGAGCCUGGUCAGACUGGUCCCGCAGGAGCUCGUGGCCCAACCGGCGCUCCUGGCAAGGCUGGUGAAGACGGUCACCCUGGAAAACCCGGCCGACCUGGCGAGAGAGGCAUUGUUGGACCACAGGGUGCUCGUGGCUUCCCCGGGACUCCUGGACUCCCCGGCUUCAAGGGCCCUCGGGGACACAGUGGCCCGGACGGAUUGAAGGGCCAGCCUGGUGCUGCAGGUGUGAAGGGUGAGCCCGGUGCCCCUGGUGAAAAUGGAACCCCAGGUCAAACGGGAGCCCGUGGACUUCCUGGCGAGAGAGGACGUGUCGGUGCCCCAGGACCAGGUGGUGCCCGAGGCAGUGACGGAAGCGUGGGGCCCGUGGGUCCUGCUGGUCCCAUUGGGUCUGCUGGCCCCCCCGGCUUCCCAGGAGCCCCUGGUCCCAAGGGUGAACUCGGCGGUGUUGGUAACCCUGGUCCUUCUGGUCCCGCGGGUCCUCGUGGUGAAGUGGGUCUUCCAGGCCUGUCUGGCCCUGUUGGACCUCCUGGGAACCCUGGGGCCAAUGGUCUCACUGGAGCCAAGGGCGCUGCUGGCCUUCCUGGUGUUGCUGGGGCUCCCGGCCUCCCUGGACCCCGUGGUAUUCCUGGUCCCGUCGGCGCUACUGGUGCUACUGGUGCCCGAGGACUUGUUGGUGAGCCUGGCCCAGCUGGCACCAAAGGAGAGACCGGCAGCAAGGGUGAGCCUGGCUCAGCCGGAGCCCAAGGCUCUCCUGGUCCCAGUGGUGAAGAAGGAAAGAGAGGACCCAAUGGUGAAUCUGGAUCCGCUGGCCCCACGGGACCUCCUGGACUGAGGGGCAGUCCUGGUUCUCGUGGGCUUCCUGGUGCCGAUGGCAGAGCUGGAGGAAUGGGUCUUCCUGGUAACCGUGGUGCAACUGGCCCUGCUGGAGUCCGAGGCCCUAAUGGAGAUUCUGGUCGCCCUGGGGAACCUGGCCUCAUGGGACCUCGAGGUCUUCCUGGUUCCCCCGGCAAUGUCGGCCCCACUGGAAAAGAAGGUCCCAUGGGACUCCCGGGGAUCGACGGCAGGCCUGGAGCCAUUGGCCCAGCUGGAGCCAGAGGAGAGCCGGGCAACAUUGGAUUCCCAGGACCCAAAGGCCCCACCGGCGAACCUGGCAAAGGCGGUGACAGAGGACAUCCUGGUCUUGCUGGAGCUCGGGGUGCUCCCGGUCCUGAUGGGAACAACGGUGCUCAGGGACCCCCCGGACCACAGGGUGUCCAAGGCGGCAAAGGUGAACAGGGUCCCGCUGGUCCUCCAGGCUUCCAAGGUCUGCCUGGCCCUGCAGGUACAGCUGGUGAAGCCGGGAAACCAGGAGAAAGGGGACUCCCUGGCGAAUUUGGUCUCCCCGGUCCCGCUGGUCCAAGAGGGGAACGUGGCCCUCCAGGUGAGAGCGGUGGCGCUGGUCCUUCUGGUCCCAUUGGCAGCCGAGGUCCAUCUGGACCCCCUGGGCCUGAUGGAAACAAGGGCGAGCCUGGUGCAGUCGGCGCUCCGGGCACUGCUGGAGCAUCUGGUCCUGGCGGCCUCCCAGGAGAGAGGGGUGCUGGUGGCAUACCUGGAGGCAAGGGAGAAAAGGGUGAACCUGGUCUCAGAGGCGAAAUUGGUAACCCUGGCAGAGAUGGUGCUCGUGGUGCUCCUGGUGCUAUGGGUGCCCCUGGUCCUGCUGGAGCCUCAGGUGACCGGGGUGAGGCUGGUGCUGCUGGUCCUGCCGGUCCUGCUGGUCCCCGGGGCAGCCCUGGUGAGCGUGGUGAGGUGGGUCCUGCCGGUCCCAACGGAUUUGCUGGUCCUGCUGGUGCUGCUGGGCAGCCUGGUGCCAAAGGAGAGCGCGGUGCCAAGGGGCCCAAGGGCGAGAAUGGGGCUGUGGGCCCCACUGGCCCCGUCGGAGCUGCUGGCCCAUCUGGUCCAAAUGGCCCCCCUGGUCCUGCUGGAGGUCGCGGUGAUGGAGGUCCCCCUGGUAUGACUGGAUUCCCUGGUGCUGGUGGCCGGACUGGUCCCCCGGGACCCUCUGGUAUUUCUGGCCCUCCUGGUCCCCCUGGUCCUGCUGGAAAAGAAGGGCUCCGUGGUCCUCGUGGUGACCAGGGUCCAGUUGGCCGAACUGGAGAAACUGGUGCAUCCGGCCCCCCUGGCUUUGCUGGAGAGAAAGGUCCCUCUGGAGAGGCUGGUACUGCUGGACCUCCUGGCACCCCAGGUCCUCAGGGUCUUCUUGGCGCUCCUGGUAUCUUGGGUCUCCCUGGCUCCAGAGGUGAACGUGGUCUGCCCGGUGUUGCCGGUGCUCUGGGUGAACCUGGUCCUCUUGGCAUCUCUGGUCCCCCUGGGGCUCGUGGUCCCCCUGGUGCUGUGGGAAGUCCUGGAGUCAACGGUGCCCCUGGGGAAGCUGGUCGUGAUGGUAACCCUGGGAAUGACGGUGCCCCAGGUCGUGAUGGUUUACCUGGACACAAGGGAGAGCGUGGUUACCCUGGCAACAUCGGUCCCGUUGGUGCAGCUGGAGCCCCCGGUCCUCACGGCCCUGUGGGUCCCGCUGGCAAACAUGGACACCGUGGAGAGCCUGGUCCUGCUGGUUCCGUUGGUCCCACCGGUGCUGCUGGUCCAAGAGGUCCUAGUGGCGCACAAGGCGCUCGAGGUGACAAGGGUGAAGGUGGUGACAAGGGGCCCAGAGGUCUCCCUGGCCUGAAGGGACACGUCGGCUUGCUGGGCCUUCCUGGUCUUGCUGGUCAACAUGGUGAUCAAGGCUCUCCUGGCCCUGUGGGUCCUGCUGGUCCUAGGGGUCCUGCCGGUCCCUCAGGCCCUCCUGGAAAAGAUGGUCGCAGUGGACACCCCGGUACAGUUGGACCUGCUGGCAUUCGUGGGCAGCAGGGUCACCAAGGUCCCGCUGGUCCUGCCGGCCCACCUGGACCUCCUGGGCCUCCUGGUGUGAGUGGUGGUGGCUAUGACUUCGGUUACGACGGAGAUUUCUACAGGGCUGACCAGCCUCGCACACCACCUUCCCUCAGACCCAAAGAUUAUGAAGUUGACGCUACUCUGAAGUCUCUCAACAACCAGAUUGAGACACUUCUUACCCCUGAAGGCUCUAGGAAGAAUCCAGCUCGCACUUGCCGUGACUUGCGUCUCAGCCACCCAGAGUGGAGCAGUGGUUACUACUGGAUCGACCCUAACCAAGGAUGCACUAUGGAUGCCAUCAAAGUAUACUGUGACUUCUCUACUGGUGAAACAUGCAUCCAGGCCCAGCCUGAGACCGUCUCAGCCAAGAACUGGUACAGGAAUGCCAAAGUCAAGAAGCACGUCUGGUUAGGAGAGACCAUCAAUGGUGGCAGCCAGUUCGAGUAUAACGUGGAGGGCGUGAGCUCCAAGGAGAUGGCCACCCAGCUUGCCUUCAUGCGCCUACUGGCCAAUCAUGCCUCUCAGAAUGUCACCUACCACUGCAAGAAUAGCAUCGCAUACCUGGACGAGGAGACGGGCAACCUGAAGAAGGCUGUCAUUCUGCAGGGAUCCAAUGAUGUCGAGCUCAUUGCCGAGGGCAACAGCAGGUUCACCUACACUGUCCUUGUAGAUGGUUGCUCUAAAAAGACCAACGAAUGGGGAAAGACAAUCAUCGAAUAUAAAACAAACAAGCCAUCUCGCCUGCCCUUCCUCGACAUCGCACCCUUGGAUAUCGGCGACGCCAACCAAGAAUUCAGAGUGGACAUUGGCCCGGUCUGUUUCAAAUAAAUGAACUUGCCCUAAAUUAAAAAAGAACGAAAUUUGAAAAAAUGUUCUCUCUUUGCCGUUUCUUCCUCUUCUUUUUUAACUGAAAGCUGAUCCUUCCAUUUCUUCUGCACAUCUACUUGCUUAAAUUGUGGGCAAAAGAGAAAAAGGAGGAUUGACCAGAGCAUUGUGCAAUACGGUUCAAGUAACUCCCUCUCCCCCUCCCCGAAAGAUUUGGAACCUUUUUUCAACACUCUUACACCUGUUUGGAAAAUGUCAACCUUUGUAAGAAAACCACAAUAAAAAUUGAAAAAUAAAAUAAAAACCAUGACUAUUUGCACCACUUGUGGCUUUUGAAUAUCUUCCACGGAGGAAGUUUAAAACCCAAACUUCCAAAGGUUUAAACUACCUCAAAACCCUUUCCUGUGAGUGUGAGGCCCGAGGUGCUGACCUAGACAGAGAUGGACUGAGGUGCUUGUUUUGUUCACAAUACAAAGGUGCUAAUUAAUAGUAUUUCAGAUACUUGAAGAAUGUUGAUGGUGCUAGAAGAAUUUGAGGAGAAAUACUUCUCUGUAGUGAGUUACAUUGUGUGGGGUUUUUUAAAAUUUGAUUUAGCAUCAGUCAUUUCCAUCUUACCCCUAAUUAAAAGUAUGCAGAUGAUUUGCCCAAAGCUGCCCUCUUCUUUAAAUUCAGCAUUCGUUCUCCGCCAGUCUCAUUUUCAUCUUCUUCCAUGGUUCCAUAGAAGCUUUGUUUCUUGGGCAAGCAGAAAAAUUAAAUUGUACCUAUUUUGUAUAUGUGAGAUGUUUAAAUAAAUUGUGAAAAAACUGAAAUAAAGCAUGUUUGGUUUUCCAAAAGAAAA